GUGUACCCUAAAUUUGCUUUUGCCAUCUCAAUCAUUCGACACUGAUGGAGCGACCAGCAUCCCGUUCUCACAGGGCUUCUCAUGUUCGCGACGAUGCCCGCCACCCGCUCGCAAAGGCCUGCGAUCAAUGUCAUCGAUGCAAAGUUGCUUGUAAUGGAGAGCGCCCAACAUGUAACCGAUGUGUAAUGAAUGAGAGCCCAUGCACCUACAGCACCGGUAAACCCAUUGGAAAACCCAAGGGAUCUAAGAAUCGAAACAAAUUGGAGGCUCAAAGACCAGUCACGAACAACAUUAGCAACGCCCCCUCCACGCAAACACCAACAAAUAGUUCUUCAAGCAAACGGAAGACGACCGCAGGAGCAAGCCCAGGAGCGUAUCAAUUGGGUAACCACAAACGGCAACGAUCGAGUAUCUCCCUGCCCACUCCGACAAGUCCAGAUGGAGUAAUGUUGGGAUUGAGCCGAGAGCCAGAGCUCUCAUCGGGGGCCUCAAUUUCGUCUGUUCGCCCAAUCGAGCAGCUCGAAGCUCAAGAUGGGUACACAGCAGCUGCAUAUUCUGCACCGACUCCGGAAUUCCUCAAGCUACACCUAUCUUCAUUGCAUCCCCCAGAACUCGAGCUUGAUCUUUCUUUUGACCGCGACCUCGACUCGUCUCAAGAUUGGAGCGCCAACAUGGCCAAUAAUACUCAACACAAGAACGCUCUAGAUCCAUUUCUACCGACAAUAGAGCAGUCCUCGUUCACAACUCCGAUUCUACCUCUCGUUGACGGUGCGCACGACUCGACCGAGACAGCAAGUAUCAAGACACCCGCUGAAACAUUGCAGGCGGCGAACCAGGCAGGAUGUGGAUGCAUCUCUACCGCCGAAUCGCUUGCAGUUAUACCGAAAUUGCAGCAAUACUCAACCCGGCGCAUCAACCUCUCUGUCGACGGAGCGUUGCGGCUGACCCGUCAGUGUACUUCUGUCAUUUCGAACCAUGUGGAUUGUCCUCAUCACGCAAGAACGACCUUGUCGCAGACGUGUUUGCUCACCUGCUUAAUGAUCCUUAUGCAAGUUUCUGCCUGUUAUGCAUUCCUUCGCGUCUCGCUAGAUGACCCAGAGUGCCAUAAUCUAUUUCCUGUGUCGGUUGGUGGCUUACAUAUCGAGGACGACGAGACAAGACGACAUGUGGUCACUACAGUGUUAGAUGCUGAAAUCCGCAAGGCCCUUGCCCUAAGUACGAGACUGGAGACGUUGGCAACCAACGCCUUACCGUUCGAACCUCUCCUCUCAUUUGUUCGACAGGAGUUGGGUCUAGCAUUAGAAUGGCCGAGGCUAGUGUAAAUAUCCGUUCUUUGACUCUGCCGUCAUUAGCCAACUG